CGCCAGAAUGCCACUUUCCUUAUUCUCUGCCGCAAUUCUGACGUUUUUGCUCUUUUGGACACGCUCCAGAACCUCGAAGACAGGCACAACCACCAGUUCCACUAUGACUACACAUUCCUCAACGACGUGCCAUUCGACCCCGAAGUGAUACACUUGAUUUCAUCGUAUAUUCCACAGGGCAAGCUCAAUUUUGGGGUGAUUCCCUCCGAGCACUGGUCGUACCCUCCGCAUAUUGACGUGGCCCGAGCCCAGCAUAUCCACCUGCAAUCUGCACACAUUCCCUACGGGGACUCCGAGAGCUACAGGCACAUGUGCCGGUUCUUCUCGGGGUUCUUCUACCGCCACCCAUUGGUGGCCCAGUAUCGCUACUACUGGCGGCUCGAGCCGGGGGUCAAGUACUACUGCAACAUUGACCAGGACCUCUUCGCGUACAUGCGCGAAAACAAAAAGACCUACGGGUUCACCGUCAGUCUUUUCGAGUAUCUGGACACCAUCCCCACGCUUUGGGACACUGUCAAGGCGUACAUGCAUGAGUUUGCGCCGCGCGCAGAACUCCUCGGGUUGGUCCAAAACGACGACCAGUGGCAGUCGUACAAUCUCUGCCACUUCUGGUCCAACUUCGAGAUCGCAGACUUGUCGCUUUUCCACAGCCCUGAGUACCAGCACUUUUUUGAGUACUUGGACGCUUCUGGCGGGUUCUAUUACGAGAGGUGGGGAGACGCACCUGUCCAUACAAUGGCGAUUGUGUUGUUUCUGCAGAAAAGCGACAUUCACUGGUUCCACGAUUUUGGCUACUACCAUCCUCCGUUCACCCAGUGUCCGCUGAAUCCAGCGGUGUUUGUGGACAAGAAGUGCACCUGCGAUCCGGACGAGGACUUUACGUACGGAUUUUUGAGCUGCACUCCGCAUUUUUUGGAGGUUAUG